CUCUUGCAGACGAAACCAUAGCAUAGCGCCCGAACGGCCGGCGGCGUGGAGCAAUUCUGUUCCGACUCCCCUGAGAUCGCUCUUCCGACGCCUAGCGCUAAGUCCAAAGGGCUUUAUAAGCAUCAAGGUGCCUACAUCUUUGAAGCCUUCAAUCCUCCGUACUGGGCCUCGCGGUGCAGCCGGCCCAGAAUGCAAGCAACCAUGCACCUUAACCUUGACCCCACCGGCGUCCUAAGCGCCUGGGAGGGCGGCUCCGCGUUCUUCUCCGACGACGUGCCCAAGCAGCUGCUGGCAGCUGCCCAGCUGUUCCAGCACCAGCACAAACAACUGCAGCACCGCAGCCGGCCGAGCUGCGGGCUAGAAGAUUCAGCAGACGGCAUGGCGGUCAUGUCGGACCUGCAGGAGGAGCCUGAGGAGUCUGACCUGGCGGACCCGCAGCAGCAGCAGCUGCAGGGGGAGCUGGCGGGGGAGGGCCUGGCGGCGUCUGACCCGCUGGCCGGCUUCCAGCUGGACCUGUCGCACUGGGAGGCGCGGCUCAAGCCCGCGCCGCCCGCGCCGCUGGCCUCGCAGCCCAACCUCUUCACCAACCUGUUCACGCCGGCGGAGAUGGGGCUGACCUUCAUGUCCGCCGCGCCCCAGCCGCCGCCGCCGGCCCCCGCGCCCACCCCCCCUCCCGCGCCUCCCAUGGCGUUCCCCGGCUUCCCUCCGGCGGCCUGCUUCCCCGGUUUCCCCGGCGCAGCCUGCAUGGGGAUGGGCAUGGGCAUGGCCGGCCCGCCCACCGCCUUCAGCUUCCUGGGGCUUCCGUCCCUGCACACCAUGCUGCUCAUGCCGCCCGUGCCGCUGCCGGGCGCCGUGCCGUCCAUGUCCGCGGCGGCGGCGCAGGCGGUGCCGGCCGCCUCCACCGCCACCACCACCAGCAGUGAGGGAGCGCAGGUGGUGCCGCAGGCGGCGGCGGCCGCCGCAGCGGCAGCGGCGGCCGCGCCCUCGGGAGGAGAGGCGGUCAGCGGCCUGAGCGGCGCAGCCGCCGCCAGCGGCCAGUCUGGGGAGCAGCCGGCGGCGGCGGCCGCCGCCGCCGCGGGCCCGGUGACGUCGGGCGCGGUGGAUAGCCCGGACUCCCACGCCACGGCCGCUGCCGCCAUGGCGGCGGCGGCGGCGGCCGCCGCCGGUGGCGGCGCGCCUGUUCCGCCGCCGAGCCCUGGCGGCAGCGAGGCGGGCGUCGUGCCCGAGUACAAGGGCAGCCCGCUACACAGCGGCGCCGCCGGCAGCCCAGCCGGCGCCGUGUCUUCCACGGCCACGAGCGGCGGCGGCGCUGCCGCCGGCGGCGCCCUGCCGCCGCUGCCGCCCAUGCCCUCGCUCCUGCCCUUCAUGCCCAACCCGGGCUGCGCUGCGUCCGCCGCCGCUGCGGCGGCGGCGGCCUCUGCGGCGGUGGCGGCGGCGGUCAACGCUGCGGCCACGGUCAACGCCGCCGCCGCCGCCGGGCGGCAGCAGCAGCAGCAGCAUGAGGUGUACAUGGCGACCAUGCCGGGCAUGAUGCCCACACCGCUGGCGGCGCCGCCGCCGCAGCCGGCGACUUCAGAAACCAGUGCCGCUGCCGACGAACCGCAGCAGCAGCAGGUGGUGAUGGUGAAGCAGGAGCCGGUGGCCGGUGACGCCCCGCAGCCCCACUGCGACUCCUGGUCGCCCUGCCCCCAGCACCACCAACAAAACCCGUACCACCACCACCACCAGCAGCAGCAGGGGGUCUCAGAGGCCGCGGCGGCGGCGGCGGCGCAACACGUGGCGGCCGCGUUCCAGCAGCAGCUGCUACAGCCACAGCUACAGCCGACCCAGACCAUCAAGGAGGAGGAGCCGGAGCAGCUACAGCCGCCGCAGCAGCAAUUUGGCGAGUACCCGCACGCGCACCUGUACCCGUCGCCGCAGCAGCAGCAGCAGCAGCAGCAGCAGCAGGGCGAAGGUCAGGAUGAGGGGUACGGCGACGGCUUGGAUGAGGAGGAGGACGACGCCGCAACGGCAGCCACCGCGGCCGCCGCCGGAGGCGGCGGCGACGGCUUCCGGCUUCAGACGCGCGCGCAGGCCGCGGCGGCGGCGGCGGCGGCGGCGGCCGCGGGCCUGGCGGCGGGCGCGGGGGGCCUGAGCGGCCUGGGCACCACGGGCCACUUGCGCACGCGGGCGGAGUGCCUGGAGCGGUACCGCCAGAAGAAGGCGCGGCGGCACUACUCCAAGAAGAUCAGGUACCAGCUGCGAAAGAUCAACGCGGACAAGCGGCCGCGCAUCAAGGGGCGCUUCGUGAAGAAGGACGAGCUCGCCUCGUUCCUAGCCACCCAGCGCGGCGGCGGCGCGGCGGCGGGCCACGUGGACGAGCAGAUGAUGGACGAGCACGUGCACCAGCAUCACGGCGGUUUGUACGACGAGUCGUACUUUGACGACAUCCCGAUGCCCGACCCGGACAGCGACUACUGCGACGAGUGAGAGUGCGAGGAACGGAGGAGAAAAGUGUGAGAGGGGGACGGCUGUGAGCGGAGCUGUGAGAGGCGGCGCGAGGGAGCGGAGGGCAGGGGAGUGCGGGAAAGGCUGGAGCGAGAGAGAGAGAGAGCGAGGUGCACGAAAAGCGAGUGAGGGAGGCCGGCCCGCACGUGCGCGCGCACGCACCGCGUCGCCGCGGAGUAGUGUGUGUCACACGGCGGGCCGCUUUCAUGAUGCGCCCCUUUCAUGCAUCUCGUUGAACCCCCGCACUAGCUAGGCAGCAACUGCAACAACUGACUCAUAAAGCCCGGGAGUGCCGUACCGUGGGUGGCCGCGGGGCAGGCAGAGAGGUGUGGCGCGGGGAGGCCACAUGCUCAGGGGUUUCCCGAGGCAAAUCUGUUACAAGAUAUUGAGUUUUGGCUUGAUGUUUCUGAAGCACUUGGUUGCGGUUUUGGAGAGGCUGUAGUAGUCCUGAGUCGGAGACGGGCACGUAACAUUUUUCAAGUCGCGUCGGCGUUGCGUUUUGGUUGCGGCGUGCGGCGUGUUUUCGGCGUACUGCCGUCAAUGGGGUACGGCACGCCAGAACUCCCCGCUGACACGGUGUGACGCCCCCGCCCCGCAAGAGGAUGCCGGUGGUGCAGUUCCCCCUGCCGUACACCCACACCCGACACCAAUCAAACGUACAUGGCACAUUGGUUGCUUCUUUUGCACUCCUCUGGAGCUGGAUGGACCCCUUCAGGUUGCUUUUGCUGCUUGUUUGUGCUGGGCUGCUGACUAGUUAGCGUAGUGGUGGAUUCCAUUUUGCUGCGCGGUGACUCUUAAAGCUAGGGGCGCGCUUUUGAUGAGGCGCCUGGCUUCGCGGUUAGGGUUGUUUGAAUACCUACAAAAUCCGGUUGCUGUGGAUACGUUGCGGUGCAAAACGGGCCCGGUAGCGGGCGCGUCAGUCACACACAGUCAAGAUUCCUCUCUUUUUUCUAAAAUCUUUUCGGGGCACGAUGUUUGGUAAAAGCAAACGUGUUUAGUACGGCAAGUUUUUGUUUGGGAGGUUCUCCUUGCGAAUAUGCGUUUUGCACACCACGCUACGCAGUGUACCGGAUGAAAAACAAAAAGGACGGGGACUCGGGUUUGGUGUUUGCAGCCCACGAUGACACACAUUGGGCGAGUAUGACUGGGGG